CUAAAUCCUAAUCUGAACAAUUAAGUAAUGAUGAACCAAAUUGUCACAUUUUACAAGACUAUUUACCAUAUGAAAAGAAAUGUUUAGCAACACAAUUCCUAUGAAACGAACACACAUCAGCAUAUCGGGCACUUCCGUGUCGUCGACUAGCAUAGUUGAUCAACUAGUAACGCCGAUCUCACCAUUCAGUAGAAUUCAACUAUUUUUAUACAGAGGAACAUAGAUCCUCACAGAAAAGUGACGUUUUCAUUCGCGCCUGCUCAACUGUGAAACAACAAGCUCCAGAGCUACAGCAUGACCUUGGCACUUAAAGCUGCAAGUUUAUGGUUGAAAUAUGUCUUAGAGGUCUUUAGGUCAUGUUUUAGAGAUUCUCCAAACAGUUUCUAAUGGACCUAAAAUCUCAGGAUAUUUGAAAAUAAGCUCCUGCGGACCCUGUGGAUUUUUGUACCACACUGUUUUAUCCAAGACCUACUAUAGAGAGGCAGAGGGUGUCCAUUGUCUAAGCAGUAGGAAUGGGGAACUGGUGUUGUCCUGCUGUGAACUCUUGUGAAAAUGUGGAGGAAAUAAGUGGGUUACUUCCUGGAGGUGUAAAAGGUCCGGCGUCCUCAUCAGAAAGAAGGGAGGAUGCUGUAGUCCACAAUGGUCCCGAGGCUUACCCUGAAAUGAGGAAAACGGAAGUAGACAAGCGAGAGGGAAGCAAAGAGAAAGAGGAGGCGGUUGUCACCACAAAGGUGAGGCUGAGUGCCUCUCCCAAAGACAAUGGGAAAGAAGACACUGCCAAAUCCCUGCCUACAGUGACCAAUGGGCUCCUCUCCUCCUCUCCUAACACUAACACUGGGGUCUUAGCUAAUUCCCUCCUCACCGCCCCGGACAAAUGCACCAAGAAAACCGCCACAUUGGAAGAAAGCCCAGCCACAAAGAGAGCACCUGUAGAAUCUAAGAGAUGCACUUCAGAUCCUCCACUGUGUCCCGAUGAAGUCGAUGCCAGAGCAGGUGAAGAGAAAAAUGAGAAAAAAGAUUUCGGUGUGCAUGCUAAGGACACUUUCACUGAGGUCCACAAUAAACGUUCUGACGAACUAACGGUUACACCCGAUGCUGAUGAGGAAUGCUUCGAAACGUCUGCCGUCAAAGCUGAGGUGUCCCCCGAACACAUCAGUUCUGAAACUGCGGUUGGGGUUUCUACAAUAUCCCUCCACAAUACUGCAAACCUUCUGUCCAAGUCAGAGGAGGGCUGCUCUGUCGCCGUGGUGGUCGCUUCUGUCCCGGAUACCCAGCUCGCAGAGGCCUGUGACAGCCAUGUUGCCGUCCAGGAGAAGUGCCUGAAGUCAUCUGCUACUACGGACACGGUCCCUCACCUACGCGUAUCGUCUAACUUUGUGAUGAAGGACGGUGAUGAUGGAAAGAAUAUGAGCUCUGACGCUUACAUUGAUAACAGCCUCAACGACUUUGGUCCUGAGGAUCCGGAGCAGUCGCCUGCUGUGAGAGAGGCUAUAACGCCCACACAGAAAAGCCUGGUGACGGAGACAGAGCCAACAAGUCACACUGAUGCCUGCAAGAGUCUGAACUCAUGCAAGGACGAGAAGAGAGCUGGCCAAGGUGGACUGACUGAUGUCCCGUGUUUAGGAGACCUCUUAGAGGAAGAUGAGGAAGAAGUACCAAUGCAAGAUGAGAAAAAGGACAAGGGGGAAAUGGAAGACUGUGCUCCUGUGACAGUGGCCCUGCUAACAGAGACGGAAGGGGAGGAGGGCCAAAAAGGACAAGACCACAAGCUUAUCACUGUAGCGGAUGUAAAGGUGGAUGUGUUACAAGUGAGGAAGGAAGAUCUCCUAGUGGAGGAGGAUCUGGGAGUUAGUGAGGAAGACCUGUAUCUCGGGGCCAAAGAGCUCCUCCAGGGGUCAGCCAAGCAUGCAGGACCAGAGCCUCUGUUUGAAAUUACACUCCCAAAGGUUGAAGACCGAUGCAGUCUGGAUCCUAUGGUGGAUAUUCGGUCCUAUGGUGAGAGAGAGUGGAAAGGAAGCACUGCCAAAAGUGCCCUUAUUAGAAAGGGUUACACUGAGCUGUCUCAGAGGUUUGGCUGUCUGCGACGCGUGCGAGGAGAUAACUAUUGUGCCCUCCGGGCGACUCUGUUCCAGGUGCUCUCCACUAGCAGCCAGCCUCCUGCCUGGCUGAAGGAGGAACCCAUCUUCACGUGGCUAGAGGAUCUGGAGGAGCAGCUUGGCGAGUGGACGUUCCCCUCAGGAUGCAGACAGGGGGAGGGGAGCGAGGAUUCCGUCCAGCAGCUGAAACGCUACGUGAAGCUUCUCCGGAACAGGUGGGAGGAGGCGGUGGGCUGCUCCGGCGCCGAGGAGAGGCAGCGUUUGUGCGAGCACGUCUUCCGGGGAGGAGAGGAGGAACUGGGCAUGCUGGAGGCCCUGAAGGUUCUCAUGCUGGCGCGGGCCUCAGAGCUCCACGCCGCCAUGCAGGGGGGAGGGGACGUGCCCGUCUUCUGCUGGCUGCUGUUUGCGCGCGACUCCUCCGACCGCCCGCGCGCCUUCCUCUCCAACCACCUGAGCAAAGUGGGAUUCAGUGGCGGGCUGGAGCAGGUGGAGAUGUUUCUACUGGGCUACACCUUGCGGUACACCAUCCGGGUCUACAGGCUCUACAUGACAGACACCGAGGAGUUUGUCACUUAUUACCCUGACGACCAUAAGGAAGACUGGCCCAGCGUGUGUCUGGUCACAGAGGAUGACCGCCACUACAACGUACCUGUGGGGCAGCUCGAUGGACUCCAAGCAACAGAAGUACCCACCGGCGCUUCACAGGACCUCACAGCAGACCGAUUGGACUCCUAGUCCCAGAAUACCCUGCUGUCGUCAACGAAAACCUCACAGCCGGAGGGCUGCCCCAAAAGAAUGUGCUCAUGCACAUUAGAUAGAAAGCGCCCCUUCGGGGGAGUGGUUGAACGGACUCCUGCGUAUUGACAUUGUGUCCCUCUUUGCACUUGGUUAAAAAUAGCUUUUUAAGCCUGACAAGGGAUUGAACAUUGUACAGAUUCCAUAAUGUAAGAAGAGGUUACAUUCAUGGUAAAUGCUGCCAAUGUCGGCUCCAACUGUAAUGGAGUGUUGUAGUGGGCUGCACUGUAAUAUGGCUUGCAUCGAAAUCCUGGCCCAAAAUGAAUGAUCGAGUAGAUAUCUAAAGGCUUUGCACAGUACCAUUUCAUUUUCAUAUCAGGUGUAAAUGGUGUCUUUGUCAGACGUCCACUUGCAUGAGAGGUGGACACUUUAGCGUCCCACAAAAAGUGACAGUACAGCAGACUAGUGUAAACCGAGGGUGAUUCCUCACAGCACAUUGUUUAAAGCAGAACCAAUUACUACUGCUUCAUAUUAAGGACUUUUUAGAGGCAUUGUUUAGCACUGAAGCUAUUUGAAUACCAGUAUUUGCUACUUUUUUGUGGGAUAUUUUCUUAGGUAAAAUAUGAAGUGUUGCAUUUUAAGCCAAAUGUAUGGUUUGCACUGGCAGUAAGUUAUUAUUUUUUGAGAUAUGCUUAAACAUAACAGCAGAGAGGAUUGUUUGAUCAGUUCACCGUUUGUCAAAGGCAUAAUUGCUGUGCUAGUUGCCUUCAAAUCUUUACUGAAGGUGUGACCUAUAGUCCACAAGUUACAUGUUGUCUUUAACUAAGGUAGCCUUAAAGAAAAACAGCGUGCCAAUGUUUGAAAAUUCAGAAUCUAGCAACUGUUUCCUAUAUUUACUGUCCAACCACCAGCCUUUGAGUUCGGUUGUAGAUAUGAAGCCUGGCUCGGUCCAAGUUGCCUUAAGUAAUUUAUGCACUAAAGGUUGAAUAUUGGUGAUUGCUGCCUGGAGAACAUUUAGCAAGAAACUUUUUUAAAGCUAACACUGAUUAUAUCAGUUGGGUAAAAAAAUUCUAAGGUGUUAUAUUUGUGCAGAGUAAGUGCACAAUAGAGUUAAUAGAAUAAAAUAAAAUAUUUUCUCAAUACAUUAUCUGUAUCUGGUUUUCAGUUGUUUGGUAAAAGUAAGAAUGGCCUGACUGUACAUUAAAUCAAUGGAAUCCUGA